CGAACUUGUGGAGUAUAAAUAUCAGCCAUCUCAAGAGAGAAAUUAUUCAAUCAGCGUUCUUCAAAGCGACUACAACAGUCCCAGUUAACAUGUGCAGACUAAGUUUUAUCAUGAUUGUCGGGGCAUUGGUGCUCUCGACCAACUUACAGAGGGCCGAAUCCUUUAGCCACCACCGCAUCCACCAUAAAGAUUCCCACGAGCAUUUGGAAUCGGCCGAAAGCAACGAACUACAAGAAACAACUACCCCCAUUGACACGCAAUCUGACGAGCUGGUCGACUCCGAGGAGAAUAGAGUCGUCAAGCGCCACGCCCUUCUUCAACCAUCAACUGGCCAUUCAUCUGAGGAAGAAGAUACAACAGCAACAACCCUCGACAGCCAAUCGGAUGAACACGACGAUGACAUUCUACUGGUCAAGUUGGUGAAACGGAAUAUCCGAGUCGAAUCGACGACUGUCGAUCACUCUUCCGAAGAAGACACAACCGCAGCGAAUCUCCUCGACAGCCAAUCAGUCGAGGACGAUGGCGUCGAUUCGGACGAGAAGAGAAUAGUCAAGCGUAAUGUUGAAACGACAACCAUCGACCACUCGUCUGAAGAAGAAACGACAACAGUCGAAGUGGCGAGUGACGAGCAGCACGACGACUCUGUGGAGAAGAGAGUCGUGAAACGGGACAUCCCUGUCGGAGUAGCGGGACUCAGCACGAUCCGUCGUCGAUUCGACUCAUCAGAAGAAGAUACGACAGCCCAAUUUGACAGCCGAUCGAAUGAACGGGACUACUCGGAUGAGCUCCACGACUCGGACGAGUGGAAGAGGAUCGUGAAACGUGACGUCAUCCAAACCACAACCAUCGACCACUCUUCCGAAGAAGAGACGACCACUUCCGUCUAUUCAGAUGAACACGACGACGUCGACUCUGAUGAAAACAAAAUCGUCAAAAGAAAUGUCCACGUAGAAACAGCAACGCGUGAUCGCUCGUCAGAAGAAGACACGACACCGGCAAAUCUCUUCGACAGCCAAUCCAUCGAGGACGAUGGAGUCGACUCGGAAGAGAAGAGAAGAAUCAAGAGGAGUAGCCUAGCUCUAACUGCUGUCGACCACUCGUCGGAAGAGAACACAACAGAUGGCACAUUCGAACAUUCGGCUGAGGACUCGCUUGAAGAUGUAUUGGUUCGAUUAUCGCAAGAUGUUGAUUCAUUACCUUCAACUGCCCUCCGAAUUUAAAUCGACCCUUUAGGCUUUUUUGUUACAAUUUUGUUGAAAUUUUUUGAGCUUUUUCAGCCACUGUUGUACCUUCUCGUCAUGUCAAUAAAGUUUUUUUGUUUCGUAA